AAUUCAAAGGAAGUGUAAAGAUGAUGCUUCUGCCAGUGCCAGGUUCGACUUGCUUCCCUUCCAUUCAAUUGGCUUCUCCGACACUCAUCCGCCACCACCACCAUGUCUGGCCUCUGUCUGCCACCGCAGCCGCUGCCGUUACCAAUUCAUCCGAACCCCAUCUGCCCCCAAUUCCAUCUUCCUCAACUACGAAUCAUUUAACCUCAACCUCGAGACGACGCCGCUUUGGGGACGACCAAGCUGCCGCUUCCCCCUAUGACUUUGGCCCCCUCCUCACCUUCCUAGCCAACUCAUUGUCAUCCGAUGAUGAUUCCGCCUCCUCCUCUUCCUCCUCCUCCUCCUCCUCCUCCUCCUCUCCAACCUCACUCGACCCGUCCGAGUUCCAGCUGGCCCAGUCCUACCGCGCUGUCCCUGCCCCACUCUGGCACUCCCUCCUCAAGUCCCUCUGCGCCUCCCACUCCUCUUCCGACAUUGGACUUGCCUACGCCGUCGUUUCGUGGCUCCAAAAGCACAACCUCUGCUUCUCCUACGAACUCCUCUACUCCAUCCUCAUCCACGCCCUCGGCCGCUCCGAGAAGCUCUACGAGGCUUUCUUGCUCUCCCAGCGCCAAUCCCUUACUCCCCUCACCUACAAUGCUCUCAUCGGCGCCUGUGCUCGCAACGGGGACCUCGAGAAGGCCCUCCAUUUGAUGUCCCGCAUGCGCCAGGACGGUUACCGCUCCGACUUCGUCAACUACAGCUUGAUCAUUCAGUCCCUCACCCGCUCCAAUAAGAUUGAUUCCCCAAUCAUGUUCAAGCUCUACAGGGAGAUUGAGUCCGAGAGCAUUGAGAUUGAUGGCCAGCUCUUCAACGACAUCAUUGCUGGUUUCGCUAAGGCUGGCGAGGCCUCCCAGGCUGUGCACCUUCUGGCCAUGGUCCAGGCCACUGGCUUGAGCCCCAAAACUGCCACUCUGGUUGCUGUCAUCUCAGCCUUGGGGAAUUCCGGCAGGGUAGUUGAAGCUGAAGCUAUCUUUGAGGAAAUGAGAGAAGGAGGAUUGCAACCCAGGACUAGGGCUUACAAUGCCCUCCUCAAAGGCUAUGUGAAGGCAGGCCAACUGAAAGAUGCCGAAUCCAUCGUGUCCCAGAUGGAGAAGAGCGGUAUUUCUCCUGAUGAGCACACUUACAGCCUGCUCAUUGAUGCCUAUGCGAAUGCAGGUAGGUGGGAAAGCGCAAGAAUUGUGUUGAAAGAGAUGGAAGCUAGCAAUGUGCAGCCUAAUUCCUAUGUUUUCAGCAGGAUUUUAGCCAGCUACCGUGAUAGAGGGGAGUGGCAAAAGUCGUUCCAAGUUUUGAGGGAGAUGAAGAGCAGUGGAGUAAGACCCGAUAGGCAUUUUUACAAUGUCAUGAUUGACACUUUUGGAAAGUCCAACUGUCUUGAUCAUGCUAUGGCUACCUUUGAAAGGAUGCUAUCUGAGGGAAUCCACCCGGACACCGUCACCUGGAAUACACUUAUAGAUUGUCAUUGCAAGUCAGGCCACCAUAUAAGGGCGGAGGAGUUGUUUGAGGAAAUGCAGCAAAGUGGGUGCGCCCCUUGCGCCACCACCUAUAACAUCAUGAUCAAUUCCUUUGGGGAGCAGCAAAGAUGGGAUGAGGUGAAAGGCUUGUUGGGGAAGAUGCAGUCUCAGGGUUUACUGCCUAACAUAGUUACCUAUACCACAUUAGUUGACAUUUAUGGAAAGUCGGGGAGAUUUACUGAUGCAAUAGAGUGUUUGGAGGUUAUGAAGUCUGCAGGCAUGAAGCCAUCCCCGACGAUGUACAAUGCCCUAAUUAAUGCCUAUGCACAAAGAGGUUUGUCGGAGCAAGCACUGAACGCAUUUAGGGUAAUGAGAGCAGAUGGAUUAAAACCCAGUCCCUUGGCUCUCAAUUCGUUAAUCAACGCAUUUGGUGAAGAUAGAAGGGAUACUGAGGCCUUUUCUGUGUUGCAGUACAUGAAGGAAAAUGACCUGAAACCAGAUGUAGUUACGUAUACUACACUUAUGAAAACCCUUAUCCGUGUUGAUAAAUUUUGUAAGGUUCCAGCAGUGUAUGAAGAAAUGAUUAUGUCUGGCUGCACUCCAGAUAGGAAAGCUAGGGCAAUGUUACGGUCUGCGCUGAAAUACAUGAAACAGACACUCAGAUCCUAAAUGACAUGAUUUGAGUCAUACAGCCACAGUUAAAUGUGUUCACCUAUUAUUUUGGUCUGGUCAGGUCUGAUACGAAGGAAUGAUGAUUCGCACUGGCCAUCGUGCAAGAAUAUCAAGGGCAAUCGUGUUCCGGAGUUUGGGAACGAUGACACUGAGCACACCCUAGUGACAAACACAGGAACAACUGAAGAAAUACACCCCCUUUACCAUUACCAUUACCUCACUCAAAUUUUAGGUUGCAACUGUUUUCCAUAAGCACGGCUGCACCAGAAAAAAUGUGAUUCAUUGCUUGUAUCCUGUAAAAAUUUGUCCGAUUAUUUUUCAUCAUAAAGUAGAAUGUAAUUAUAAAACUAA